UUACCGACUCUAGUCUAGUCUUGUCAUGUCAUAGAAGUUGAGACAUUUCGGUUUUUUAUUAAAGAUUUGGUGGCUACUUCUUAGGAAGUUGUCCCUUUUCGUUUGUUUAUUACUUGUUAUUUACGUAGUAGUUGGUACCUAAUGGUGAUAGUUGGAUAAUGUGGAGAAAGUAUUUUGUUGUUAUUGGACGACGUUAAUUGUUAAUGUUUCAACGUGUGGUCAUAGGUAAAUAGAGAUUGUAAGAAUUGUUGACAAUUUUUUAUCCACAUGGGAAGUUUAUGAUUGCCGAAAUAAUGGACGAUAAAGUUGAUCCCAAAUUGUUUGUCACUUGUCGUCUGUGUCUUGAAGACCUAGGACAGUAUCAAAUAGUACCCAAGGUCCAGCAACAAAUUAAAUACUGCUUCAAUAUAGAUGUGGACCCAUUUGAUGGACUACCACAACUUAUAUGUGUGAAAUGUAAAGGCAUCCUAAACAAGUUCUUUGAAAUUAAGACAUUGUUCAGUGAAAAGCAAGCAGACUUGAGAAAUAGAGUGACAAGAAAGGAAUUAAGUUCGGAACCAUAUAUUCUUCAACACCAACAAGAUACUGUCAGUUCUAGUCAACAAGCUUCUGAUGACACAGGUUUACAGGACACAUUAAAAAAGAAACACUCAAAGAAAAAAAGAGUGCUAAAGUCUUCAUCUGAUGAUAAUGAGUUUGAAUCAUCACACACCACAUUAAAAAAGAAAAAAAGAAAAUCCUCAAAGAAGUCGGGUUCUAAAAGUGGAGCAUCAUGGGAAUCACGUUAUAAGAAGUCUAUGUCAUGUCAUUUGUGUACUACUGCUUGGCCUAAUAAAAAGGCAUAUACCAAUCAUAUGCGAUCACACAGUCACCUAGUGGAAAAGUAUAAAAAUAUAUUGAAAAGACAGUGUCAAAUAAAUUUAGUCAAAAUUGAUGGCAAACCCAAUUUAACUGGUUUAGCUAAUAUGGUGGUACACAAUACAAAUAAAAUUGUUGCUCGUGGGGACUCAUACUUUUGUACCAUUUAUUCAAAAAGAGGUUCUAGCUGCUCUACUGCUGAACAAGUUGUCCAACAAAAAAAUGGGAAUGGUGGUUCAUCUUCAGAUGAUGAAGACAAUGUAAUCAAACCAACCAGAAGAAAAAAGAGGUUUGUAUCUAGAAGUUCCAAUGAAACUGUUGUAAUAGCAAGCAAUAGUAACAAAAUAUUAUCAGACUUAGAAGAAGACUCUGUUACUCAAUUUAAUAAUGAUGAUACACCGCUAAUAGUAGAUAACAGUCAUUGCAUAAAUAUUGAUGAUUCAUCCGACAGUGAAUUGCCCAAUGAAUUAUCAGAAAAAACACAGAAAGUUAAACAACCGAUAGUGGCCCAGGAAAGUGAUUAUCAAACAAUUCAAGAUAUGAUAUCAGCAUGUGUUAGUUCCUAUAACAGCAAGAAAAACGAAUCAUCUGAGACAGAUUCACAUAAAAAAAAGAAAAAAGGGCAAAAGAAGGAUAGUGCAAGUUUUAUCUCUCAACUCAACCAUAAAGUUUUAAGCAUCGGAAGGAAAAUAGUUACUAAUAAAUUGUUAUUUAAUUGUACUGGACUACUAAGAUACUUAGAGUAUAAGGAUCUUGACAUAGUCUGGUUACGUAACCCUGCGCCUACAAACUAUAUUCGUAUUGCAAUGACAAAAUCAGAUGCACAUGCAAAUGAUAAAGAAAGUAUGUGGAAAAAUACACAUAAGACAAUAAUAUUACCUGAAUCACUUCCAGCCGCAAUAUAUAUCGAUAAUAAGCCAAAUAAUUCAGAUUCAAAGAAAAUUUUAAAUGCUCAUCCUGUAGCAAAUCCUAAACAAUUGCCAAGGAAAUUGCCAACUCCUGAAUCUAGAGCACUGCUUUCUCGAACGUUUGACGAACCAGCAUUUUGCAUGCCUAUUAUUGCAUCGACAACUUCAUUAGCAGAAGUAUCUACUGAUCAACAGAACCAGGAAGCUAAUGACAAAUCUAGCGCUUCAUCUGGAGCCACUGUAGCGACAACCACGUCGGUUCCAAGAAUUAAAGUAAAGCCAGUGUCUGAACUAAUGUCACAAGAAACUUUAGACAGUCUUAGGCAAAAGAAAAAUAUGCCCGCUGCUGAUAGUAACAUGUUGACAAACCCGAUUGAUACUGUUUGGGCACAAAAUAAGCCAACCAAUGUGUUUGUUUCAAAUGUGUUGGUACAGCCGCGAGUAGACAGCCCCACCAUGCAAGUAAUUCAAAUGCCGAUCCUAACUUUAGAUUCUACAAAUUCAGUACCCGCCAAUGAAGAUGAUAGCCAGGAUUAUGUAAUACUGGACACGGCUGAUCUUCCAAAUACAAAAACAAAAUCGCCAAUGUCGUAUCUGAAAAGUCUCUUGCAAAUUCACAAUAUAGUAUUAUUAAGUACAAAUGAAGAAGUAACAAAAGAUUUUAUUAGCCUCAUUAAAUUUAAAGCACUAUUCAAGCAAAAUAAGACUACACCUAUAUUGCUUUGCCUAUCGUUAUACUGUUUUAAGAAUACCUUUUCUAUACAGGUUAGAGAUAGAUAUCAACUAACUAUUGAUAUGUUUCAAAUGUCUGCUAACUGGCAAUGGGAAAUACUUCAAGUGUUUAGUGGUGAAGUUACUGUGAAAGCUUUAGAGAGUGCUCGGAAACAUGGCCAAGAAGUAUACGAUUAUACAAAUCAUUUUUAUUGCUUACUUAAAUCCAUCAAUUAUAGCAAAGCUGGAGUUUGAUAACUUUAUGUAAUCCGCGGUUUGCCGGGAGGUAGAUCUAACAGAGAUACAAUACAGUUUGUAGUUUCAAAUGAUUCCAGAAGUUAAAGGAUUACCAACCCUAUUUUCGGGAUAAUUUCACUGGUAAUUAUAUAUAUGUUUUCUUGAAAAAUCACUUUAUGGUAGAAUUGUGUAGUUUAACAUGACAUGAUAGUAAAUAGAUAUUAUGUUUAUCCCUUAACUUUUGUCUAGAGGAUCCAUUUUAUUAAUGAUAAUACUUUUUGUUCAUGAAAUAAUGUGUAUAUUUUGUCUAGAUUUAUUAUGUGAAAUGUUUUAUGAGAUCUUUAUUUGUUAAGUUCUUCCUUUUCCCGAUUAUGUAUGUAUAUAUCUUCCAUUGGAAAUAUAUUUUGUUUGACUCUAUGUUAUGGCUGUUAUUGAGAAGAAUCUAGUAUAUAUUGUAUUUCUAUGGAAAGUUACUUUUGUUCGAACAUUAUGAUUAUUAAUUAUUAUAUGUUAUCGGCUUACUCACGUAUUGCAGUACAGCAGCAUUUCACGACAAUCGCCGCGUCGUGUGUCGCGAAAUGCUGCUCAUGAAUAUGAGCCUCUAGCAUAGCUUGAAACUAGUUGAGUUCCUCGUCAAACCGUUACGUGAGUAAGCCGAUAACAUAUAAUAAUUAAUUUAGUAUGUCUCACGAAAGUUACAAUAAAAUUAUGAUUAUUGUUGUAUAUACAAGAAACGAAAUAUAUAUAGAAUAAGUUUGACUGAUAUUACUGUAUUUUGAUACGGUGCGCGACAGGAAGGGGGCGGGGGGAAUUGUUGCGCUUGGUCAACCCCGUGUGAAUGUCGGCGUAUGUUCAUACUUUUAAUUUUUGAGCUGCCGUGUCGCCGGGCCUACACCGGACUCGGUAUUGUGCUAGGUGUCUGUCAAACUUGACUCUUAGUUGUAUACGUAGAAAGGGUUACACCUACUAAAAUAUCUACGUAAUUUGUGAUUAUGUAUAAUUUAUGUAUUCUUCAAUGAAGAAUCAUGAUUACUUGUAUUUGUAUAAUAUUAUUAACAAUAAAAACAUUAACAAAAUUA